AUGGCAAUUGAGGUCCACAUCAAGCACGGCGACGAGGCUCUCCAGAAGAAGGACUACUUGGGGGCGGUGUCUUGCUACAAGAAGGCGCUCCAGGAGAACCCUAAGGCGUUCAUGCCCCACUUGAAGCGGGCCACCGCUUAUCAAAGACUAGGUGACUACGACAAGGCUCGCCUGGAUAUCACGGCGGCGUUUGAAGUUGCUGAAGACCGUGGCAAGCGGCUGGACAUCGGCUUGUGCUACUUCCGCUUGGGGUUGUUGUACUACUCUGAGAAGAAGUACAAGUUGUCGCAAUUGAACUUCCAAAAGGCGAAGGACUACGACUGCACCGAAGCUCUGAUUGAAGCGUGGUUAAACAAGGUUGCUUACGACGUGAAGAAGAACCCUCAGCCGGAGGAGGAAGACGAGAGUGACUUGGACGGGCUCGAUCUCCACAAAUUGUCUGCCACCGAAUCCAGCGGCGCCCCUCAGACCGAAGACGCCUCGAAACUGACUUCCGAAGCAUCCACUAAGGCCCCUGAAAAGCCCUCAUCUACUAGCAUUGACGCCAUCAACCAGCAUGCCCCCAUCAAAAUGAAAAUCAGAACCGACUGGUACCAGUCGAAGGACUCGGUCACCAUUGACGUGUUCGCCAAGGGGAUCAACAAGGAUAAGCUCAACGUUGAUAUCAAACCUAACCUGCUCCUGGUGCUGUUCCCGCUGCUGGCGUCGACGGAAUACCUGUACAUUCUUGAACCGCUUCAUGCCACUAUCGAUGCGGAAAAGUCGCUGUACCGGGUCCUUUCCACUAAGCUUGAGAUCACCCUUGUGAAGACUGUGGCCGAACAGUGGCCGGCAUUGGACCGUGCUGAUGAUGAGCCUGCAAAGGACGCUUCGGUCCCCUCCUACCCGACGUCGGCGAAGAAGAAGACGAACUGGAACCUGCUUGAACUUGACGACGAUGGCGAAGAGCAGAACUCUGACCCUAAUGCAUUCUUCCAAAAGUUGUACAAGGACUGCGACGAGGACACUCGCCGGGCGAUGAUGAAGUCGUACAUCCAAUCGAACGGUACGGUGUUGACGACGUCGUGGGAUGAAGCUAAGGAGAAGGAGUUUGAAGUGUCGCCUCCCGAAGGCAUGGAAGAGAAGAAGUGGUGA